ACGCGCAGAAGGCGGAGCUUGAGGAUACAGCUAGCUGGCUGUUCAGCUUGUAGCGCGAGGAGGGAAAUUAUAUUUAAUUUUCUCUGCUUGUUCAUUUACAGAUACAGAUCCGCCAUGAGCGACAACGAGAAGGAGUUUGUGGUGAAAGUACGUAAGGAUAAGGUUUUUUUUGAGGGGGAAAAAAUAUUUUAAAACAGCGUGUUUAAGGACGUGUUUAACUGCGUUAAAUCAUUAUUAGCGUAAUAUUGCUAGCUGAAUAAACGGAAUCCAUUGUGAAAGACUUUAGCAUUUUUUUUUGCAAGCUAGCUAAUUAGCUACGUUUAAUGGCGGUGCAAUAACGACUCAUCAAUUCGCAGGUUAUUAUUUCAGCUAACGUUUCGCUGUUGAUUUAUUUAACUGAUUAGCUGUUAAUAUUCACCACAGCGCCGAGGCCUAGCUGUGUAGCGUGUUCGCUUGUUAGCGUGUUAGCUUAGCUUUUAUUGCGAGGCGUAAAGCUCUGUAGGCCUGUCCUUGUCGCUGGCUCAAUCCCAACUUCUAAAUCAGCCAUAUUCGAGGUCACUAGAUAAGGCGUGGAAGCCAUUCUUUUGCACACUAUGUAGGGUUCCUACGUAGCGACCGAGUGGCUGUUUGGUAUUCGGCCCCCAUUGUGUUUCGGUUACCAAGAGUAACAGCUGCACACGUUUAAACACGAAAUAUUACAGACGAUAUCAGAUAAAUGUUACGUUUGUACAAUACAUUUUAUAAAGUAUUGUUAGUUGUCGCUUCUUAUCACUGUAAUUGUUGGGUAUUAGGCAAUUAAAUUUAAAAAAUGUCGAGUUUUUAAGGUAGUAACCAAAUACCACGCGCUGGCGCCAUUUAAAGGUUAAAUAAAAAAUAAAUAAAAACCGUGUCUAUUAAUCCGAUUUAAAAAAGCGUCCAUAAUGGCAUUUAAACCAUCCUUUAAUUCUUUUUUUGUUUGUUUUUACGUUGAAUUUAUUUUAAACCAGAUUAAAGUCUUUCGGUUUGGGUUUCAUUUUAAUUUUCUGCAGCUGACACGUUGAAUUUUCCCAGUGGCUGAAUGUAAUAAAUUUAUUGUGGAAAAUGACAGCACCUCGAAGGAUAGUGUUUGUUUUUUUUUUUUUUAAUGUUAGUGUUUAUUCACAAGGGAAAGAAACCCGUAUUAAUUAAUGAUCAUUCUUUAAGAUUGCAGUGCUGAGAAUGUGUGUUGUUUUUUUUUUCUGGCCAAUCCAAAAUGGUGGACAAUCAGACUUUAUCCCAGGUCAAAGGUUUAAAGGAAAACUCCACCCUGAAACACGGUAUGUCUGGCUCUGUAUUGAGAUAUUUGGCAUGACUUUAGCAAUUCCCGCACUAAUGAGGUUUAUUUUUAAGUUGGUGGUGUUAUUAGCCGGCUGUGCCACAGUGACGUCACUCAGGGACACUAGCUACGUUUCCAUCCACGUAUUUCUGUGUGAAUUUUGUUCUCUCGCUUUAACCCUGGUGCACACUGCUUCUCCUACUCCGUACGAGUCUUCUCGCGUGCGUCCGUUUUUCACGUCUUGACUGUCGUACAGUCCGACAAUAAUGACAACUGAUAUCCUACAGUGUGACGCGGCUUACACCGGGGAUUGUGUUCGUACAGUCUGACAAGCAGCAGCUGCAAACUUCUAUUAAAAACAGCCUGCACCCGUUUUUAUUCGCAAACGCUUUGUGACGUUCCAGUUUUCCGCGUUAAGUUAAAGUCACAACGUGGAUGGAAACAUAGCUGUAGUAAUUGCUAUAGCGUGGUUAUAUUGGUGUUUGAUGGCAGAAACAUUUCAACAAAAGCAACAGGUUAGUUCCUAUGAAUAAAUAAAGCAAGAUCCUUUUUUUUUUUCUUUUCUUUUCUCGCAAUUUUCCAACACGGACGUAGAAGUGGUGGAAACAGGAAACGCUGGGCUCGAAGGCACAGAAUGCCGUUACAGUGAAGGCGAGGCUCACUAGUUAACGGUCUACAAGAUGAGGAUGGCGUGGGAGAUGAAGCUUGGGAUGUUGAUCUGUUUGAAGAGGUGUGAGAGCCGGACAGACUAAAGGAUUAAUGUACUGCUCCGUCUGUCUCUUUAGGUAGAUAAGAAGCCGGGAUGAAUCCCACUGGACAGGGCGGCGUUGAUCGUAUUAAAAAUAUAAAUAAGAAUUACAUUUCAACUUUUAAACAAAACAAAAAAAACUAACGUUGCAGUUUCUUUCCAAAAUAAAUAUGCCAAGAAAGUUAAGUAGUUCAGGGUGGAUUUUUCUUUUAAUCCGAGGUAAAUUGGGUGGUCCAGCAAAACUUUAAAACUUGCACUGUUUAGAUAAGUGCUCAUUUGAUCUGUUAUAACAUUUUAUGCAUUUUUUUAAAAAGGUAGUGUAACAUUCAAUUUGUAAGCUCUGUAUAUUGGCCUAUAAUCAUCGUCUCUAAAUUGAUUUUUUUAUUUUCAUUUUUUUUAACUAAUGUUACAUUUUCACCCACAUGCCUACUACACGGACUUUACCCUUUUCUUGUUUUUCCUAUUAAGGUUAAGAUGGGAAGAAUGAAAAAGGUGGCCGAAGUCGAAUGUUGUUUAAAUGAGGCUGAAUUUUGCGAGUGCAUGCUAAUUCUGUGUGGCCAGAAGUUCUGAGACGUUCCCCUCAUGUAGAGUGUUGUCACUUUGGAAGCAAUGAAUGGUUGAAGAUGAAGUACAGAAGUCAGAAUAAGAAACAGAAGAAAAGAAGAACAGAAUGUUGGUUGAAGUUAUGAAGUUAAUCUCAGAAGUGUUCGGGUGGAUAAGAUGAAGGAGGGCUAAGUAAUGUGCAUUAGUCUGUUUCUGUUUGAAUAUCAACUCUUUCAUUAAAGUUUGCAUGCUACUCUUUCUGUCAUAAAGACAACGCAUUGUAAACGAUAUCCUAAUGUUAGUCAGUGUUUUGUUUAUUUAAAAAAAAAUAAAUAAAAUAAAAAACUCCUUCAUGAUGCAAUGGAAUUUAAACCGACUCCAGCUUUAACAAGUCUGUUUGUCAACAUGAUUAGUCAAUAAGAGGUCUGGGGUCAUGACUUGAUGCAUGGGAGGUUCUCGCUCUGGUUCUGUUGUUCUCAUUUGGUUUGGAUUGUGCAGGAGUCCCGCUCUCGGAGUGUGAGUCCCAGAGGCUCCGUGAAGUCGACCAGCAACUCGCCAGGAAGAUCUAAGGAUGGCUCCCACCGCUCCCGCUCCAGAUCCAAGUCUCGCUCCAGGUCCAGGUCGAAGUCCAGGUCCAGGUCCCGUUCCCACCGGAGCUCUCGCCGUCGUCACUCACGCUCACGCUCUCGCAGACGCCACUCGCGCAGCCGCUCGUACAGUCGCGAGUACCGACGCAGCCGCAGCCACUCACCCAUGUCCAAUCGCAGACGGCAUGUCGGCAACCGGGCGAACCCUGACCCCAACUGUUGCCUGGGUGUGUUCGGCCUGAGCCUGUACACCACCGAGCGCGACCUCCGAGAAGUGUUCUCCAAAUACGGCCCCCUGUCCAACGUCAGCAUCGUGUACGACCAGCAGUCUCGCCGCUCACGCGGUUUCGCCUUCGUCUACUUCGAGAACAAAGAGGACUCCAAGGAGGCUAAAGAGCAAGCUAACGGCAUGGAGCUGGACGGCCGGCGUAUCCGAGUGGACUUUUCCAUCACCAAGAGACCACACACCCCCACACCUGGGAUUUACAUGGGACGGCCAACCUAUGGGGGGGGUGGUGGCGGCGGCGGCGGAGGAAGACCCAGCACGUCCUCCAGUCGCUCCAGAGACUGCUACGAUCGGGGCUACGACCGCGGCUACGACCGAGGAUACGACCGCUACGACGAUCGGGAAUACUACAAAUCUUACAGGCGCAGGUCUCCUUCGCCCUACUACGGCCGUGGAGGAUACAGAUCCCGGUCCCGCUCACGGUCCUACUCGCCACGGCGCUACUGAGGAAGCCAGAGUUACUGAGUCUAAUCGAUGGAGGGGAUUCUGUGCUCGUGGAUGAGGAAUAAUGGAAGGAUAGGAGUUUUAAGUUUUGGUGGGGUUUUUUUUUUUUUUUUUUUUUUGUAUUUUAAAUGCCAUGCAUGUUUGAUUUAAUAGUCUUUGUUUAUGAUGAGCUGUGCAUCUUCUACUUGUGUUAGAUUGGCUACAAGCCUCAUUUGAUGUUUAGCUAUGUUGUAAUACACCAGUGUGUCCCAGUCAAAAUCAUCAUAAAAUCCAACCAGCUGGGAAAUCAGAUGUAAAUGCAUAUGUUGUCAAUAUCCAAGAAAUAAACAGUAUUUUACAACUG